AUGGAUUCUUCUGAUGCACCAGGUACUGAAACGUAUGUCAGCUCGGAAGCUGUUGCCCAAACUAAAGACAAUCUGCCUCCAGAGAAUUCCACAGACAGUCCUGAAAAUCCCAUCCAUCAGCAGGAUGAUACACUGCAACUCGUGAAGGAAAUCAAGGUGCUGCUGAUUGUAUACGUUUCUGUCACGAUGUUAUGGAUCUCUGCAACAAUUAUUAUCAGCGUUUUCAGGAGCUGGGUUUCCUUCAGAAAAGAACCCGUGGCCGAUCCAUCUAUAAACAAAGCCGAACUAAGAAAAGCGCUCGAAUGGGAACUCUCCUUGGACAGCCGAGAUCUCCGUUCCCACGCUUGGUACCACGGCGCCAUCCCAAGGUCCAGAGCCGAAGAAAUAGUCCGGGAAGAAGGCGAAUUCCUCAUACGCGACUGCACAUCACAACCUGGUAACUACGUCCUCUCCUGUAGAACCAAAACCCACCCUCUCCACUUCGUCAUCAACAAAAUGAUACUGCAGCCCGACACGGUUUAUGAGAGAGUCCAAUACCAGUUCGAGGACGAGGCGUUCGACACCGUCCCAGAUCUCAUCACCUUCUAUGUGGGCUCUGGGAAACCGAUAACGAUCGCUUCUGGCGCUAGGAUACAGGUUCCCAGAAACAGGAUGUAUCCCUUAUCGUUCUACGCCUCUAAGUAUCCCACGCCUUUGCCGCAAAGCCGGUUAACAUCGCCUGCUACGACGCCAGUUGGUCACCAAUACCGUCACAGCCCCAUGCAGCCAUACAGACCCAUGAGCAGCUCCCCAACUCGACCUUCUAGGGACGGUCCCCCAAGGCUUCCUUCCAAGAAACAGAGAUCCCAGUCCCUGACCCCCUCGGAAGUCAAUAGGAUCUCCCAGGAGAAGUGCAACAGCGCAGACGGUGUAAUCCAGUCCCCUAUAAUGACUCGAUCUGCAGGUGCGGACUCUAUCGCCAACAGUUCUAAGUUUUCAUCACAUUCCUUACCGCGUAUACCCAAUAGUAAACUCUCUUUGUCUAGCAGUGCGAACACUUUAGGUAGGAAUAAUCGAGUGACCAGUGAUACCACGCUUUCUCCUUGUGCGGAAAGGAAGUUUUUUGGUGACUCGGGAGUGUUUGAAUCCCCUCCACCUAAACCCUCACGAGUUCCUAGUCUCCUUAGAACCGAUUCCAAAGACUCAGACGUGACUGAUGCAAGGUACAGUUUGGACAGUGGGUGUGUUGUGCAUGGGAGCCUUCAGAGGGUAACGUCCUACCACGCGUCUGGAUCGGACUCUGGUAACGGGUCUGGAGAUUCCGCCCUCAGCUCUACUGCGGACACUUACGACUUUCCAAAGUCUUCUGGUGUCGUUAUCAAGUACCCCCGGUAUAAUAUAUCCAAUUCCGAAUCUUCGACCACCCUUAAAAACUUCGACAUAGAUUGGGUUGCAGCUGAGGAACACUUAGCGCAAUUAGACCAAGUCCAGAUUGAUGUUUCUUCUAGGUUUGAUUUGGAAAACUUCCAAACUUUGUUGCUUCCAGUUAGUGAGAAUAAGCCUCUAGAUGCGCAGGCUUUGAGGAGGAUCAAGAUGACUUUGUUCGAAACUGAAUGUCUGAAGUUAUUAGUAGCUGUGACUAUUCUAACCUGUGCUGAUGAAGCUGAAAGGACAGACACUCUGAAUAAAUGGAUAGAAAUUGCGAUAGACACCAAAACGGCCCUAGGAAAUCUAUUUGGAUUUUGCGGCAUUAUGCUAGGGCUGUGUUUACCACAGAUACAAAAAUUGGACUCCACUUGGCACAUGCUGCGUCAGAAAUACACCGAUUCGGCCUUCAACUUCGAAGCUAAACUCCGGCCGACCCUCAAAAACAUGAACAAUUGCUCAAACCCGCAAGCACCGAACACCACCAUUCCUCAUUUGCUGCCUAUCAUUUUGCUACUAGAGAGAGAUCUCGCUGCUUUUUUGGCACCCGCCGAUCAACAUUCACUGUCGCAAAGCUGCCUUGGUUUCUGGGAAUCCAGCACCCAGGAUUUCGGUCUCACCACUAUUCUAAGCCACUUGCAAACUGCCAGGAAGUACUUGGAGCUGUGCCCAACAUAUCAGAGGAACGCAGAGAUUGUACUGGGGGAAGCAAGGAUGGACGAACUCACGUUGGACAUAUUCAAAACCGAGUUCCAGCUCAAGUUUUUGUGGGGCAGCAAGGGUUCCCACGCCGAUUCGGACGAGAGACACAUGAAGUUCGAGCAAGUGCUGACGGUCAUGGCUGAGAAAUAUUGCAACUUGAAGAGUGAAAGCUGAAUCAAUUCGUGUUCCGUAUUUGUGAUCUUAAAAUAGUUACAUCGUGUGAGCUAUGGUUAAAUCUCUGAGAUGUGAGGUACAGAUUGGUAGAAUAGGCCUUUUCAUUUAGAUAUAUUUUUGAGACGCAUGCGGUUGUUUUUAGAUCCAAAAUUUGAUUGGGUAAUGCGAAGGUGAAGUCUCAUUGGCUAUAGUUCCGACACAAAAUUCUGAUUGGCCAAUUCGAAUAUGGCGGUUUUUAUUGACGUUCUGUCAAAUGUCAACAGUGUCAACCACCAUGGGCAUUCGUAAUUGAGAAACAACAAAAACAACAUAGUAUUUUAGCUUCUUUAUUCCUGAUGGGUAUUAAUUGUAUUAUAAUUAAUUCGAAAAAACUAAAAAAUGUUACUUAUUCGUUACUGAGGAGUGUGGUGCAAGUGUUUCGGUGGAUAUGGCCGCCACUGUCGUUGGAUGAAAGAUGUAAGCAGUGAUAGUCAUUUAAAUGAAAAGGCAUAUUGUUAAGUAGGUAUACCUCGUGUUUCAAUUUAUUCGGCUUCGUCUUAAGAUGUUUUCUUCUCUGCUAAUGCGAAAGUUGCCUGGUAAACUCCAAAUUGAAUAUUAUAAGAUUGGAUAACAGAAUAAAACAUCAUUAUAGUCAUCU